AAUCAAACGAAAUAAACACAGAAAACUGCAGACUGCAGUAAUCAAUACUCGAAAGCCGCAAUAACAGGGAAAAGCACUGUAGUUCCGAUAGAUCUGAUUAAUUAAAAAUGUCGAACCAGUUUCAUAACGAUUUAAUACAUCAAUAUAAAACAACCUGUAAUAAAUUGAAGAAAAUUCAGCGGGUAUUUUUCAAGCAAUUUGCACCAAAUGUUUCCGAAGUGGCAGACGAAUUUGGCACACUAGCCACCAACUUUAACAACUCGUUUCUCCCAGAGUAUGCAGCCCUGUGCUUCAUGGGACAGGGUAAAUGUGAAAAACUAAUCGGCAAUGAGACUGCUGAAGUUGACGCCCUACUCAAGGCGGCACGCGCUUUCCGAACGGCACACGACAAGCAAACCAAUAUUCGAACCGACAAUAGAACCAGCGACUGCCUGGAGGGAGCCUUCCGCUGUUACACACAUGCUCUGUCGAGUUUGCCAGAGGAUUCCGUAGCCAAGGCUGCUAUUAUUCGAGAGCUGCGAGAAAUAAACCCGAACGCGGAAAUAACCAGCAAUUUUAGCUCACCAAGCCAUAGAAUAUGGGACUUGGAACAGUCAGCGGAAGAUAGUAUCAGAGCAGUGGACUACGUAGCAGCGUUUGAAAAAUUAUCGGAAAUCUACGACGAUAUAACGGAGAGACGAUGUGCGGAACUUUAUCCAGAAGUUAUGAAGAGGGUGGAGAUAUCCCGAUUACUGCUGCUCUGUCUGCUCCAGUUGCCUCCAUCCGUUCGAUAUGAUCACAAGUUUAUCGAACGAUAUUCGACUAUUGGAGACAGUGAUACGGGCAGUAGUCAGACAGGUAUCAUCCCUGAAGAACUGUUUUUCCUAUUGCAGUCGCUGGUGGUUUCCUGUCAGUCCAAGAAUGUAGCAUCUCUGGUUGCUGUACGAGAUGAGCUGAGUCAUUGCAAACAAUUAACGGAAUCACAGCAACUGUUGCUAAAACAGCUCGUUUCAAAGUAUUGUAAAUGAUAUUAGGUGUGCGGGGGCUGUUGGAUCAGGGAGAAUACUUACUCUAAUUGGGUGAACAUGUUCUGUCCCUGAGAUGAUUGCAAAAUCAUGGGCAAAGGAUUGUUAAAAUUGACACAUUCAAACAAGAUUGAUGAGUUCGAAAAUGCAUCCCAUCCCAGUUAAUUUGCUGUAAACUGGGAGUGUUUCCGAAUUGCACUGUAAGAAAAAUUUUAAGUACGGUUGAACAUCUGGGCUUAAAACAGGUAUUUUUAUAAAGCUAAUGAAAUUGACGCAACACGAUAUGCCAUGAUUAUUGGUUUUGAAAGUGAAAAAUUGUUUUUUGUUUUGUUUCUUGAAUGAGUAGAAUUAUCUGUUAGAAGGUUUAUAAUUCGAAACAUUGAUGGAGCAGUGCUCCAAUAUAUAAGAGUGUUAUAUCUAUAUUAAUACA